AUGGCGGUAACAACGGCUCGCACUUCGGCCACGGCACUGUCUCCCCCACGCGAUGACACGGCUCUAAAAAUCGACGAUGGCGAAUUCGACCCUGCCGUGCACCGCUUCCCCUAUUGCAUCGUGUGGUCUCCCAUACCCGUUCUCACAUGGUUCCUGCCCUUCAUCGGGCACAUGGGUCUCGCUGACAGUAAAGGGGUCAUCUUCGACUUUGCGGGGCCUUACACUAUUGGACGAGACGACUUCGCGUUUGGAUCUGCCACGCGCUACUUACAAUGCGCUGUAGCGCCCCAAGAUGCCGACAAGUGGGAUGAAGCAGUGACCGCGGGCUGCAAGAUCUACGAGAAGAGAAUGCACAACUUGUGCUGUGACAACUGCCACUCGCACGUGGCUGUGUGUCUGGAGCACGCCAACUACGCCGGCCGCAAGCGGUGGAACAUGGUGGAGCUCUGCUUCUGGAUGUUUUUCCGAGGCAAAUAUGUGAGCGUCGCCGGAUUUAUCAAGUCGUGGUUGCCGUUUGCAUUCGUCCUCGCGCUGAUUGCAAUUAUUCGAGUGACUGUGUGA